CUCACGCCGCCGUCUCAGCAGAGCGACGGAGACCAAGUCAUAUAUGAGCCGGUCGUCACGCGCAAGAAGACAAGUGCCGUCGAAGUGGUCAAUCACUUCGUCAGCACCUACGGUCAGGAUGAGGGCAAGCUCGCCGCGUGGCAGAAGUUUUGCGAAGAUCUAGGCGUGUCGCCGCAGCCGUCCAUCACCAAGUGUAAGAAGGCUCUGAAGGGCAUCCACGUCAACCUGGUCGACUUUGUCGCUGCGCAGGAUGGCGGGCCGCCAUUCAAGCUGUUCCUUUCGCAGGCGGCGCUGAGGAAGUAUAUCAAGACCACGCCCGGCAAGGUUUUCCCGAAGAAGAAAGCUAAGCAAAGCUUCUUGUUGAAGUUCAUGCUUAUUGAGGUG